CAGGAACUGCAGGCAUCCGGGUCCGAUGUGGCCGUGUUUGAGGGUCCCAAGCUCGUCGACGUUGGCACCUGCACCGCUGACGACGGCAUAGCUGUGGUUGUGAUAGAGACUGCCGAGUUCCUCUCCAUGGAGGACAGGUUGCGCAGCCUGCUUUCGGAAACUGCUUCCUCGCACAAUGAGUUGAUCAACAAGUCUGUUGAAAUCACUUACCUUCGCGAUAAAGUUCAGGUUCGUGUGCCUUUUUCUGCGCCCCUUUGUUCGCCUUGUGUGUAA